ACUGCAUUAAUCGCCUGCUUAUCACUUUCGUUCCGAAUCCAGCUCCUGUAAUAGUGGGGGAAGUAGUAAUAAGUGGCUUAGUUGGUGCACAGCUGACGCCUACACGCACAGUUAGCGGCUGUGUACCAACAACGUCUGACAUGGAGAGUAACUCGUACCUGGGGAUUGAUUUAAGCACACAACAGCUUAAAGCAGUAGUAGUUGACAAUCAGUUAACUGUUCUACAUGAAGCACAGGUUCAGUUUGACAAUGAUUUGCCAGAAUUCAGGACACAUGCAGGAGUGGUACGGAAGGGCAGGGAGGUGUGGGCCUCUCCAGUCAUGUGGGUAAAAGCACUUGAUAUGCUCAUGGACAGGCUUAGAAUUUCUGGAACUCAGUUUGAGAAGAUUGCUGCAAUCUCAGGAACUGCACAACAACAUGGAUCCGUCUACUGGCAGCGUGGAAGUGAGAAAGUUUUGGAAUCACUUUCACCAGAUCGCUUCAUGCAUGAACAGUUAAGUGGCUGUUUCUCAGUGAAAGAAUCACCUGUAUGGCAAGAUUCAAGCACUUCCAAACAAUGUCAGCAGCUAGAGGCAGCUGUUGGAGGUCCAUUGAAACUGGCAGAAAUUACAGGUUCCAAAGCAUAUGAACGCUUCACUGGCCCUCAGAUUGCAAAAAUAUUUCAGACCAAGCCUUCGGCAUAUGAAAAUACAGAGAGAAUCUCAGUAGUAAGCAGCUUUGUAUGUUCACUGUUCCUGGGUCACUAUGCUCCAAUAGACUAUGCUGAUGGUUCUGGUAUGAACCUAAUGGACAUUACACAGAAGAAAUGGUCCAAAAUUUGCCUUGAGGCCUGUGCUCCUGGUCUUUCUGAAAAGUUGGGGGAGCCUGUACCCUCUUACACUUUGUUGGGCCCAGUUUCUAACUAUUUUGUUGAACGGUUUGACUUCAGUACUGACUGCAAAGUAGUGGCCUUUACUGGAGAUAACCCAGCAUCACUUAUUGGAAUGCGACAAACUAAAAAUGACGUUGUCGUAAGUCUUGGCACAAGUGACACACUAAUCCUGUGGUUAGAAAAGCCACACACCCUUCCUUAUGGCCAUGUUCUCUGCAAUCCACUCAACAGCGAGGAGUAUAUGGCACUGCUGUGUUUUAAGAAUGGAUCUCUCACAAGGGAACGGAUUAGAGAUGACUGUGCAGAGCGAUCAUGGAAUCUUUUCAAUGAGCUUCUGGACAGCACACCUAGAGGCAACUUUGGAAAUAUGGGACUUUACUUUGAUGCACAAGAAAUUAUACCAUUUGUUCAAGGGGAUUUUCGUUACAACAAAGCUGGUGAUCGAGUGUCUAGGUUCAGUAGUAAGGAAGUAGAAGUUCGAGCUGCCAUCGAAGGGCAGUUUAUAGCACGGAGAGCUCAUGCAGAAGAUCUUGGUCUUUCUGUAGGCAAUGAUAUGAGAAUCCUGGCAACAGGUGGCGCAUCAGCAAACCAAACUAUUCUUCAGGUCUUAGCAGAUGUUUUCAAUGCAGAUGUCUAUGUUUUGGAUAUAGUGAACUCUGCUGUCCUGGGGGCUGCAUACCAAGCCAAGCAUGCUAUAGUUCAUGCCUCUGGAAGUUCCUUCAAAGAAAUGGUUUCACAUUUAGGCCACCCUCAUCUGGUUUGUCAGCCUCAUCGUGAUGCUGCUUCUAUAUAUGAUCCAAUGCUGAAACGGUACCGAAACAUAAUACAAGCAAUUACCAAUGACCAUCAAAAAUUAUAACCACAAUCUUCACCAUCUAUUUGCUAUUUCUGUGUUGAUAGCAAAUUAUUAAUACCUCAGAUGAUUUUCUGUCUACAUGAGAUUCUUGUUUGUGCAAUACUUACCAGAUAAAACUGUUAA